UGGUGGUUAGAUCUUGCAAAAUAGUCUCAACGGUGCAUUCUUUUGACUAACUGCUACUUUUGAUUCGCGUCCAUCUGGAAAGUAAAGCAAGCUUCAUCUUCUUCGUGCCUUUACCCAAAAACUCUCCAUGGACUUGUUUGUUGCCUCAUUUUGUGGCUUAUAUCUUCGACUGUGAAUAAAUUCAUUUCAUUUGACAACUUUGCAUCACCAAAAAAUGUCACAUCGAACUGCGGCUGGCUGAAACGAUACUACAGGGAGACCGGGGAAGAUGGGUCACAAAAGUAACCCAUACAAGAAAGCGCGCAGUGCCUUCCGCUGGAAGGUAUUUUACAUGACCUCAAUGAGUUUGCAGCUAUUGUUUGGUUCUUGCCAAUUAGUUUAGUAGAAUUUGUGUUAUGCAUAUUCACCGGAGAUACCAUGGGUAGCGGUUCUGAUUUAGAACUCCUCAUGUGAUGAAAGAGAUGCUGGCUCUCUUCCAAGGUUGAUAGUGUCCAAUUGUAAGAACAUUCUUUAGGCCUUCAAGGCAGGCUUCGUGUUGGACAAAAGUACUAGAUUGAUCACAUGUGACAAUAGCUUUCGUUGUAGGUCUAGUACGGACAGUGUGUUGACCUUCAUUAACGACCUCUCCUCUUCAACGAACCUACACCAAACACACAACAGUGGAAGAAGAAGCGCACGCGCCGUUUGCAGAAGAAGAGGAGGAAGAUGAGACAGCGCUCCAAGUAAGCAAGCUGUGUCUUCGCUGCAAUUCGGUCAGCAAUGCGAUCACCUGUCACGUGAGCAGUCAAAGUGAGUAGCCGAGCAGGCGAAUGAAGCAACGCCACGGAAUUCGUUGAAGCUCAGGCGUGCUUGUCAGAAGCACUUCAGAGCAGAACGAGGCUUAUCGAAUCAAGCGGUGAACAAUCUGCAAGCAUGUGGAUCAUGAGCCACGUUGCGUAUGAGUCACCGCGAAGGAUUGUCCCUUGUCUUGCAAUGACGUUGAAACUUUCAGCCGCGUUACUCCGACAGGAGCAUUCGUGCCUCUGACUCACAGUGAUCGGGCAUGAAGCCCCUAAAAUACAGCACCGCCGUUUCAU